UUGUUUUGUUGACAGCACAAACUCUCUCUCUCUCUCUCUCUCUCUCUCUCUCUCUCUGCCUUUUUACCGCACAGCACCUGAUUUUGUGUGGAAGGAAACCAAACAGAACAAAGAGGGAGAGAAACAAAAACUCCAAAUUAUUUUCUCGCUUUUUUUUUUUUCCUCUUACUAGAUUUCUGCCUUUUUUUUUGUUCAGUCUUACCUAUAAUUUUCCAGGACAAAUAUUUUUUUCCCAAGGAAAGUUUUCUUCUCUCCUUGCAACAAUCCAAUAUCAAACAAAACCCCACGUUAGUUUUUGUCAGAUGCUUUGAUUCUCUUUCGAUCAUCAUCUUCAACUAGUCCUCAAUACCCUAUCUUUAAUGUGACCAAGAUAAAACAGAAACCAGAAAGAAGAACAAUAAACUUAUUUUCGUAACAUAUAGAAAUAAUCAAUUUUCAAUCUUUGGUUUUUGUCUUGUAUUUGAUCAGAUUUGGAAAAAGUUUGGUUUUUCAUUUCUGGGUUUCUCUAAAUAAUAAUAAUAAAAAAAGAGUCUUUUUUUGGUUAUGAAAGUCUCAUGAAUGUUAAUUCUGUUUCUGGGAAUUGCCAAAUUUGAAUAAAGAGUGAUAUAUUCGGGUUCUUGAGCCGGGUCAUCAGGUUACAAUGAAAUCUGUGUCACUUGAUUACUGGAGGGAUUAUUUUAGGACAGCAAGUUCUGAUAUUUUUGGUAUCAUUGAUCAUGCAAUCUUGGUUGCAGCAUCUGAUUGUCCAAAAGAGUUUAAAUUGCGUAGAGAUCGGAUUGCAGAACGUUUGUUUUCUUGUAGAUUGAUAAAGUGUUCGGGUUGUAACCAGGUAGAGCUGGCGGUUCCGGGUCAUGAUGAAGAUGAGAGGGAUGAUAGAGGUUGCUGUAGCAAAAGAAGGGAUGGUGAUAAUUCUGGUAGUGAUGAUGAUGAAGAAGAAGUUGAUAUAGAUAUUGAUGAUGGCGGGUUUGAGUACGAGGGAGGUGGGAGUAAAGAGAGCAAGGUGAAUAGUAGUAAUAGGGAUAAUGAAUUUGAUAAUGGAGAAGUGAAUGUGAAUGAUCAGUUGGUUAGUAAUUUUAGUUUUGGAGAAGCUGAAGCUUUAACUGAUGAGAUUGAGGAGGUGUCUCAGACUGUUGAUGAGGUUUUGAGGAUCAAAGACAUUCUUUAUAACAGCCAAGAUGAGUCUGAUUCUGUGUUGCUUGAAUCAUUGAGGAAGCUUAGAUUAAUGGCUUUGACUGUGGAUACUCUAAAGGCAACUGAGAUUGGAAAGGCUGUCAAUGGGCUCCGGAAGCAUGGAUCAAAGCAGAUUCGACAUCUUGCACGGACUUUAAUAGAAGACUGGAAAGUUUUGGUAGACGAGUGGUACAGUGCUGCAAAUGUUAUACGAGGUAAUGAAGGUACUCCUGAUUCUGUAAAUCCUUCUGUUGUUGAUGAAGAAGAAGGGCUUCCUUCUCCUCCUUUGGAUGAAGGAGCUUUCUUUGCCACUCAACCUACUUCAAUGGAGCUCUCACAAUUCUUUGAUGGAAUGGAUGAUGAUGGAAAUCCUCGAAACAAUGGGGAAUUCAUCAAGAACCAUGUAAGUAGAAGGAGACCUUCAGCAGAGAAUCAAAAUAUUUCAAAACAGAAACAGCAGACUCCUAAGGCAGCAAAUAUGCCUUCUAAGGACAAAGAGAGUCAACAGAUGAGGAAGCAAGAAGAUGUUGUCAAGGCAAGUAAGCCUUCAAAUGCCAAUUCUGGGCCUGGGAGACCUCUAAAGCAAAAUGUUGAGCAGAAGAUGAAUCAGGAAACUGUGUUAAUUCGAAAAACAGAUAAGGUUACCAGCCAGAGAAAGCCCCCAACUGGUCAGCAAGAUAAACUUAAGAGUUCAGAUGAUGUUGCUGUCCAGAUGAAACUUGAAGCCACAAAAAGGAAACUCCAGGAGCGGUACCAACAAGCCGAGAAAGCCAAGAGGCAAAGAACAAUACAGGUAAUGGAGCUGCAUGAUCUCCCUAAGCAGGGACAUGUUCAGAAAAACCAACCCAUGCGACCAGGGAACCACAACCGGCACUGGGCGCAUGGAAGGCGGUAAACAUUUUUAGUUUUGCAGAGUACAUAUUCAUCAUCUUUCCAAGUAUCUUCCAUUUGGGAAGUCAGCGGAAGCGCGCUAAUAACUCAGACACGCUGUUGUUUGAUCUAUAAACUAUAAGGAUCCACGUGUCAAUCAUACUGAAGAGUGGCCAUUCUUGAUUGCAAGGAGACAACAUUUGAAACUCUAAUCCCAUUCUUAACACAUUCAGUUGUAGAGAUGCAGGGGAUUGUAUUGUAAUGCAGUCUGGAUUCUUGAAUCUUGACAUGGUACCAGGAUGCAUAUCAGUAGAGAACUUUGAUUUGCACCUGCCGGCUUCGUUGACUGCUUCUCAACAUUGUACUUGCCCCCUUUAUUGACUGCUUCUCAACCAUUUUUCCCCCCUUAAAUUCUCUGUCACAACGAGGCCUUCAAGUCAUUGAAAUUGUAUACCUGAGUUUGCACAGAAUAAGUGCACGACACAAAAGACACUGUAAACUACUUGAGGUCAAUGUAUAAGGUCAAAUUACCAUGUUCUUGUAGGGAAUUGCUCUAAUAUUACCUGGCUCAAGCAAUUGAUAAUGAAACUUGCUUGAUUUUCUUUCGUUCA